AUGGCUACAAUACACACGUAUCGUUCGUCCCCUAAAUCCAUUCAAUCAAUAGUGAUCGUCCUAUUCUUGCUCUUAGUAGCGUACAUAUUUUUCAACGGUAAUGGUAGAAAGAAAAAGACGAAAGGUUCAAAAUCGUCCGCUGGGGAGGAUCUGGAAAGUGGUAGACAUACUUCCCGCAGUCGUAGAGGAUCAGAGAAUUCGAGCGAUGAGAAUGGUAUAGACCGAGAAAACAGGCGGAAAAGAGAGAAGAGGGAUAGACGGAAGGGCAAAGGUGGUAAAUCGAAUAGCGACGCUCCCAGUCAAACGGGUGGUGAUCGAUCUUCCGACGAUGGGAAGAAGAAGAAGAAGAAGAAGAAGGACAAGAAAUCCAAAGAAUGGGACAAACCACCUUCCGAACCACCUAUUUCAGCUGCACCAGACCACCGGACGGCUACACCCUCAAAAUCAGCUUUUAGACAAAGACGACCGGACGACAGUCUUCCACCUACGCCAAAUACUCAGAACGGGAAUAGAAUCAGAUGGGUAGAUGAGGAGAACAAUCUGAAAUCACCUGUAACUAAACAUUUCAGGAAGUGGGGAGAUUUCAUGGGCUUGACAGAAGAUACUAACAAAGGAAUUUUUCAGAAUGCCACUCAGAAGGAGGAUAAAGCGGGUAAAAAAUUGCCCUUCCCUUCCAGGUGGUCAUCUGAGCAAAUCAUUCGACAACAAGCGGAAAAUGAACAAAAAGGUGUAGCAACGGAUGAAAAAUUGCAAAUACCAGAAAAUAUCCUGCAGAUGAUGCAUCAAGUUGAGAAGAUCUCACAAGCGAAACCAUCUGAUGCAAGAUUAUGGGAAUUAGCGUUACAAGAUUCAUGGGAUGACGAUUUCGGAAGUUUACCUAAAGUCGCUAUGACAGUCAUGAAAGAACUAUGUCGAUUCAUUGGGAGAAAGGAAAUAGCCGCGAUCGAAGCGAAGAUGAAUCAAAGGGUUAAAAAGAAAGCCAAGUUUGAUAAAAGUAGGAAGUUCAAGAAUUUCGUUGCGAGUCUAGAAGUUGAUCAGGAUACACCCGAAUUUCCGUAUAAAUUCAUCUUGGGAUGGUAUCUAGAUACUUUCAGAGCCAAAGCUUAUGCAUCUAGAAUGAUCAUUGAUAACAAGACUACACCGAUGACCACCGAUUCCAACAUCGCUAGAGCAUCUUUCAUCUUAGGUUGGCUUGAAUAUAUAGGUGAAUUGAAUAAAGCUCAAAGGUUGUUUGUGGGUUGGGACUUAUCUGGUUUGACCCUCCGAGCUCAAGCUAUGAAAGAGAAUGGUACUCAUUAUCGGCUUGACGUGACGAUUUUCUUACCCUGUGAAUUGGAAGAUCCGGCUGAAUGGGCUCAGAGGUUCCAACAAUCAUGUAUGGCAUUCCGACAUUUUCAUUCAGAGAUGGUACGACAGUUCAACAAUACCUCGAACGAUUUCAUGGAUGGAAGCGCUUUCAAACGACGUCGAUUGAUUUUCCGUCCCGGGUGGAUAACCAAGGGAGUAGAUAUUAACAAAUCAUCUGAUCCCACACCUGAUCAAUCCGUCGCUCAACGUACUUUGAUUCGACGAAAUCCCAAAGUCAUUGAUAUCUCCUCUCAAAACGACGUAGAAGGCGAUUCAAGAUUACAGGGUCUCAUGAAAUAUGCAGGGUUAGAUUCGACCAAGAAAAUGAUGAGUCAAUUGGCACCUGGAGAAGUGAUCUUCCAAGAUAUAAGACAAUUUCAAUGGGAUAAAAAUAGCUUGACCCCUCGGAAUAAUUCCUUGACGCCUGAGAAUUUCUGGUUAGCAUAUCAAAUUGCAGGAGAUCGAUUACAGCAUGAAAUGGAAGUUGAUGAUACUUUCUUACCUAGAACGAUGUAUGAUUUUAUACGUUCCCUAGAUCUCGGAAAUUAUAUACCUUUUCAUCGAAUACAUUCUGAAAGAAAGUUCUUACAGAUAAAUGGAUUUCCAGCAUUGGAAUUAUUGAUAUUAUCUUAUAUCCCCCUUGGACAAGACGGAUCAACAAUUGAUUUAAUCCUGGAUCCGAGAUUUGCUUUGACACGAGAGUUGGAGAAUGACAAGAAACCUACAAGACAUUUAGAUAGACAACCAAUAAGGUUGAAAUUGUUCAUCGCCAUUUCCGAUAUACGACUAAUGGAGAAUAUACAAUCUGACUUGGAUAGGUUUUUCGCUACUUUAGCUAACAAAUACCUCAAAGAGGGAAUGAGAAAAUCACGAAUCAGAGAUACGAUUAGAGGGAUGGUAUAUAGAGUUCUGGAUAACGUUUAUGUGGUUGAUGAGAGUCAGGCUAGUAUGGCUCAGGAAGGUAGAUUACCGAAAGGUAUGAGAUUAGGAUAUGAACCGAACUUCCCCAACGAAUUGAUUAGUGAUGAUACACCGGACGAAGGUAAGAAUAGUAACCCAUUUAGAUCGCCUAUUACACCUACUGCAUCAGCACCCUAUCCCCCUCAAUCACCAUAUGGUAGUAGACCAUCCCCAUUCUUAUCUCACCCUUCUCCCGGAAUACAACGACCACUUGCACCAGGUCCACAAAAUGGUCAAGGUCCAUUUAAUCCUCCACCAUCACCUUACAUUCCGAACGGGACAAGAACUCCAACCACCCGACCACCGGUACAGUUCACUGAUCCCCGACGAGCCGAGGCCGCCGCGGAAGAAGCUAGACGAAGGGCUCAAGAGAAUGCUCAAUUGUCGCCAUCUGCACCUGCACCUGCACCCGGGCCACCCACUGCUUCGAAUUAUAGACCUCCUUCGGUAGCUGAUGCUGAUGAUGAAGAGGACGAACCUCUGCCGCAGGGGAGAUUUGGAAAUUUGAGAAACGCUGAUGGGAAUGUAUCGAGGAGUGGAUCAGGGGAGAAAGGACCUGAGACGUUGAUUUAG